GCGCUCACUUCCGCCGGACGCGCGGGCUCCAGGCAGAUGCAGGGGGCGCGGGGUUCUCGUCUUCGUCUGAGUCGCCGGCAGCCGUCCGCUAAGAGCGGGCCUCCGAGCCCCCGCCCGGGGUCCCUGCAGGACGGCGACAGUGAGCGCGCGCAGUUGUGGGCCGGGCUGCUGCGCGCUGUGAGCGUGGACUUGGACGAGGACGCGGUGUUGCCGUCGCUGCCCGCUUUCCCAGGCCAGGAGCCCAGCCGCUGUCCCGAGCGCACCGCGUCUCCUGAGGUCUUCACCGUGGGAUCCAAAACCUUUUCGUGGACGCCCUUCCCGCCUGCCCCGAGGGGAGAGGGCCCAGGCCGCUCCUACCGGGUGCUGCGCGGGACCGGCGGGUGCCCAGAAUCCCCUGCCCCGUCCCCGAAAGCAUGCGCUGCGCCGGAGCCCGGCGGAGUCCUAGGCUCCGGGGAGCAGCCGGCGGUGGACGCGGCGCGGGCCCUGCAGAGCUGCCCCAUGUGCCAGAUCGACUUCGCUCCCGGGCUGGCCCAGCUGGACAUCGACGGCCACCUCGCACAGUGCUUGGCGGGCAGCACGGAGGACGAGAUGUGGUGAGCUGCCCACGGUGUCCCUGCCAGGACCACUGCCCAGCACCCGACAGACGAGGGAGCCAAAGUGGUGUGCUGAGCUCUGGCACUGGCCUGUGGGGGCCACGGCCUUGGCUCCCUUUCUCCCUUGGCCUCUGCUCAGCAGGGACCUGCUGGCGUCAGAACAGUGGUCAGCAGACGCACUUGGGCCGGUGUGCGGUCGGCUUCACCAGCUGAGCUGGGUCUCGGAACCCAGGCGCCCGUGUUCAGGGGUCAGGCUGACUCCAUCCAGCACACAGUGCAUGUCAGUCCUCUGGGGCACUGGUUGUAUUUGCAGCCACUGUCACCUGCAGGGGACCGGGAGGGGACAGGUGGAGCAGACGCUGAGGCAGGGAGGCUCCUUUGCAUCCCUUGUCACGGAUGUGUGUCGUCAGAUGCCUCGUCCAGGCCCCUGGGACAGGCACCGCCAGGAUGUAAGUGGGGACCCUGGGUGACACUGAUGUGCCCGUUGUGCCACAUGCUCCCUCUGUGGGGGCACUGGCAGUGGGGGCAGCUGUGCCUGGUGGUGAGCGGACAGAAAUCCCUGUACCUGCCCCUCAGUUUGCUGUGAACCUAAGACUCAAUAAAACCUGUUACUUAAAAAUGGCUUCAAAAAGGA